GCGACUCAGAGUGGGCCUGGCUGGUUGCUAGGCGCCGCGGGAAAUCCCGCCCCUGGGUUGCGCCCGGCGGGGCCGUCACUCGCGUCUCACGUUUCCCCUCGCGCCCCUCCCCCCCGUUCGUUUGUCUGUGGCGCCGCCGCGAGGCCGAGGCUGCGCGGCACGAUGCAAAGAACUUCACGACUGAAGAGAGAGCUGCAUCUGUUGACCACAGAGCCUCCCCCAGGCAUUAUGUUCUGGCAAAACAAAAACCGGAUGGAUGAUCUACGAGCCCAAAUUUUGGGUGGUGCAAACACGCCAUAUGAUAAAGGAGUUUUCAACUUGGAAGUAGUUGUUCCUGAAAGAUAUCCAUUUGAACCCCCGAAGAUUCGCUUUCUGACACCAAUCUACCAUCCCAACAUUGACUCUGCUGGAAGGAUUUGCCUGGAUGUUCUCCGAUUACCACCCAAAGGUGCAUGGAGGCCGUCCCUGAAUAUCUCCACAUUGCUGACCUCCAUACAGCUUCUGAUGAGCGAGCCUAACCCCGAUGACCCCCUUAUGGCAGACAUAUCCUCGGAGUAUAAAUACAACAAGGAAGUGUUCAUCAGAAAUGCCAAACAAUGGACUGAGAAGUACGCAAGCCAGCAAAAUAGGGCUUCCAAAACUCCAGAUGAGGAAGUGACCCAAUGUGAAGCUAGCACUCCCAAAGAAUCUGCCAUCUCCCAGAAAAGGAAAGGAAAUGAUAUGAGCAGGAAGGGGAAAAAACCCUGCCUCGAUUCAUAGAGGUUUUCUGUGUAAAUAAACAUUUUUAUGAAUGCGUAACAAUGGCAGGUUUCACUUGUCUCCUGCUUGACCUAAUACUUGCGAUGGCAGGGGGUUUGUUUUCAAAUUAAAGUUUUUUUAAUUUUAUUUCAGUAGCAUUAGAUGUUUUGUAUUCUUGUUCGUCUUGCAUUGUUUGUGCCUAAGUAUUGUGAAGGAAGGCAGAAUUGGGAAUAAUAAAUCAGUCUUAUAUGUA